AUGUCUUGGGCACAGGCGCUGCGGAGCUACCUGGCCUCACCGCCGUAUCUUCGAUGCCGCGAUGGUGCGGGCGUCUUUGAUUGCGUGUGCCGUGCGCACCUUCAAGGCUUCCCCGGACACACCGUCGACGCUUAUGCUUUGUCGCUUCUGCGGCAGUUGCGUGGGGAGCUUCUCAAGAACGGCACGCCUGAGCGAAAGGCUAACACGUUGGAAACCAUUUUAGCGUGUUACUCCACCGCGAAUCGCUUAUAUACGUACGACGAUGUGAGAUCUGCGAGGGAAAAUCACUUACUAACUCUAGAGCAAUUGCAGUGCCUCGUGGAGGCGCGACUUGCUGGGGUGCCUGUGCGUGUCUCGCACUAUCGGUUUCUUAUGCGAUCACCGCAAUUGUCGCAGCUGAGCCCCAACCUCCCACUCUUACUGUUUAGAGAAAUGACAAAUGCCGAGGGUGGGUUAAGCGAUGACGUUCGUGUGGAUGUAGGUAUGGGGCUCGCAUUGGGAGGGCAUUGGAAGAGCGCUCUAGAGGUGUGCCCGCGUUCUCGUUUUCUGGAUGUGAUUGAACGUGUGGCUUCGCUACAGCGCCACGGAUGGCGCCAUGCCUGUGCUUUAGUCUCUCACUUGAAGGAUGAAGUGGUGACUCAAGAUGAGGGUUAUUUGGUUAGUGUUGUGGUGGCUCUUGCCCUUUGGUUUGCCGUCUCGCGCGACCUGGCGAUAGGAAGUCGGAUGGAAAAACUCAUCCGGACCUACAGCUGCCAAAAUGGGGGGAAACCACCACCCAAGCGCGCCAUUGAUUGUUUUCUCUCUUCCAGUUCCCCUGGGCAAUGGCGUGUCGCCAUGGAAUUUUUGGUGCAUUACAACAGCAAAGUCGAAGACACGGCGCGAAUUCCUCUUGGGAAAGUUAUGGCGCUAAUGAACAACGCGAUGCAGUGGGAAAGGGUGCUGCUUCUUUACCAGGUCACCCCGCCUUUAUUUGCGGCGAAUGAAUGCCGGCAUGCCGCGGUACACAAUAAUGCCCUCAUGGCCUUGGCAAAGGGGAAUUUAUGGCAGCGGGCGAUUCGAUUUUAUGCAUCGCAGACGGUGAAGAACCUUCACACGUACAAUGUUUGGUUGAGAAUAGCAACGCUUGAGGGCAGGGUUCCCUUCGCUGCGGCCUGGGAAAGUUGCGUCAGGGCCUACCAGCGUCUCGAAAACCCUGGCCACCGCUACGCUGAGGGUUUGGCGCUCCGCCUGGGAUCCAUCGGGGCCUGGGUAGCGGCCUUGGGGGUUGCAAAGGCGGCGGCGGAAAGAAUCCCCCGCGUUCUUCUCACCGGCGUCAGCGUGGCCGCCGCGGCUUGCAAUGAGCGAGCGGCCUGGCAAGCGGCGAAGGAACUUGGUUCGUGUCGGCGCGAGCUUUCCGCAAAGCAGCUUUGCACGGCGGCGGCCAUCGUCGGUUGCUGCACGAAGGGCGUCCCCCACGACGUCUCGGAUGCCCUGGGGGAGGCCCUGCGAACCAGCACGCUGUCGCAGCAGCAGUUUGACGAGGCUGUCUGCCACCUGGGGCAAUGCAUGGCGCUGCUCCAUGGCAAAAUCCGCGACCAGAGGGGAGCCGGCACGCCCCCCGCCAUCCGCCUCCUUUUGGAAGCGGGCAGGGGGGAGCGAACGGCCGCGAGCUGGGCAUUCGCCCUUGAGCUGUUGCUAAAGGCGUCCGGUGGGACGUGGUCUCUGGGCGCCGCGGCGCCUGCAAUGCUCUCCUCCGGCCUCGGCGCCUCGGUUGCCAUUCGUUUUCUGCCCGUGUAG